UCAAACUCUCCACUCUCUCCGCACACUUCCAUCGCUCUCUGUCUCAUUAAAAUCUCGACUUUGGUUUCUUCCUGCUUCCUCUCCAUCAUUAAUUUUCCAUCUCCAUCCUUUCGCAGAAGCUCUUUUUUUUUCACUUUCUUUGUUUGUUCUAAUGGGAAGAGCUCCUUGCUGCGAUAAAGCCAACGUAAAGCGCGGCCCCUGGUCUCCCGAAGAAGAUGCCACACUUCGCAGCUACGUCGAGCGCCAUGGCACCGGCGGCAACUGGAUCUCCUUGCCUCAGAAAGCUGGCCUUAAACGAUGCGGCAAAAGCUGCCGCCUUCGCUGGCUCAACUACCUCCGUCCGGAUAUAAAGCAUGGUGGCUUCACCGAGGAAGAGGACAACAUUAUUUUCUCCCUUUACAAGACCAUUGGAAGCCGAUGGUCUGUAAUAGCCUCCCAUCUCCAUGGAAGAACCGAUAACGACGUGAAGAACUACUGGAACACGAAGCUGAUGAAAAAAAUAAUGGCGGCCGGAGGAUCCAUUAAUACCCCUUUAUCAAACAUCCAAAUUGCAAACAAACUUCACCAUCCUUCUCCUUCACCCUCUGUCACAUCACCACCAGCUCAAAUUCCAGUGAUGAAAACUGAAGCGGCCUUUUUCCCUGUAGCAACACUGGAGCCAAGCUUCCCCUAUGUCUCCGCCUCCUCUUCAUCCAUGACAGUAGACGAAGGCUUCAGAAAUGGCUACAUAAACUGGAUCGAUGAAGAAAUCUGCUUCGAACAAGCCCCCGCCUUCUUCCCCGAGCUCGGUUUCUCUUCCUGGACUGAGCUUCUCGGCGGCUUCAUGAACGAUGACAGUCGAACAAUUUUGUGGCCUAACGCCGACGCAAAACAGCAAGGCGUUUAUCAAAGUCUUUACUCAUAGUUGGCCUCAUACGUUGAUCAAUUGACGAGCGGUUUGACAUUAAUUUCUGUUCUAUGUGUACGUAGAUGGGUAGAGGAACGGAGCUCCAAAUG